GAGAUUAUGAAAAAAAGAAAAAAAAGGAUAAACGGUGUGUGGUAGUAGUUGGAGUUCACACAAACCGACGAUGAUAACAACAACAACUCCAAUGGAAGGCGCAAUUCUCAAACUACCAAUCGGUCUAAGAACGGUUAACCGGGUCACCAAUCGGAGCUCCACUUCGCUCAGGUGGCGGUCCAGGCCGUUACACGUGUCAGCUUCAGCAGUAUCUACUUCUACUCCAUUAGUAGAUGACCCGAAACUUGGACCCGGUUCGCUCGGGCAUAUUACCCGACCUGACUUCCCAAUACUUCACCAGGAAAUAAAUGGCUCAAAGCUUGUGUAUUUGGAUAAUGCUGCAACUUCCCAAAAGCCAACAGCUGUAAUCAAGGCUUUGCAGAAUUAUUAUGAAGCUUACAAUUCCAAUGUCCAUCGGGGCAUUCAUUAUUUGAGUGCAAAGGCGACAGAUGAGUACGAGUCAGCAAGACAAAAGGUGGCAAAUUUCAUUAAUGCCGGAGCUAGAGAAAUCAUUUUUACAAGAAAUGCUACUGAAGCUAUCAACUUAGUGGCUUACUCUUGGGGACUCUCAAACUUGAAACCAGGAGAUGAGAUUAUAAUAACAAUAGCUGAACAUCACAGUGCAAUUGUUCCUUGGCAAAUUGUUGCUCAAAAGACUGGUGCUGUCCUGAAGUUUGUAAAUUUGACAGAGGAUGAAGUUCCAGAUGUAGGGCAAUUAAGAGACAUUCUCUCAAGGAGGACAAAACUUCUGGUCAUGCAUCAUGUCUCAAAUAUGUUAGCUUCUGUUCUUCCAAUGGAUGAAGUCAUAAGUUGGGCACAUGAUGUUGGAGCAAAAGUGCUUGUAGAUGCUUGUCAAAGUGUCCCACACAUGGUGGUCGAUGUUAAGAAUCUAGACACUGAUUUUCUUGUUGGUUCCUCUCAUAAGAUGUGUGGGCCUACAGGCGUUGGAUUCUUGUAUGGCAAGAGCGAGAUCCUUUCUGGCAUGCCUCCGUUCCUUGGUGGUGGUGAAAUGAUAGCUGAUGUAUAUUUGGAUCAUUCCACUUAUGCUGAACCUCCUUCUAGAUUUGAGGCUGGGACUCCCGCAAUUGGGGAAGCAAUUGGGCUUGGAGCUGCAAUUGAUUAUCUGUCGGAAAUUGGCAUGCAACAGAUUCAUGAUUAUGAGAUGGAGCUGGGUAAUUACCUGUACGAUUGCCUCUCUUCAGUAUCUGAUGUUCGUAUUUACGGCCCUGCACCUUCACAAACUGUUAAGCGAGCAGCUCUUUGUUCUUUCAAUGUUAAAGAUGUUCACCCAACGGAUAUCGCGACUUUCCUCGACCAACAGCAUGGUGUGGCUAUUAGAUCAGGUCACCAUUGUGCUCAGCCCCUCCAUCGCCAUUUAGGGAUCAGUUCAAGCGCACGUGCUAGCCUUCAUUUCUACAACACUAAAGACGAUGUUGACCAAUUCAUCGAGGCGCUCAAGGACACUAUCGACUUUUUCACUUCUUUCAAAUGAGGGUACUUCUGCAUCACCUCUGUAACUUAUCUAAGGAUAUAUACCCCUUGCUGGAGUGGCUGCGCAUCUAACAUAAGCAAACGUCUUGAUUAUGUGGUCGACGAGUUGCUGUUAAAAUUUUACUGUGUUUCCUCUAAUGUUAUAAAGAGUCAUUGCUUCGUUGUGUAAAGCAAAAAAAGGCAGCGCCAAGGAAGAUGUCAUCGCAAUGAAUACAGCCACACGAUUAUGUAAAGGGUGUGCUUCAUGAAUAAACCAGACAUUACUGUAAAUUAGAUGCUGAUUAUCUGUUACUUCAAUUCAAUUUAAUUGUUACACUACUAGAUUUCAUA